CAAGCGGCAUAGCACAUGUCUUUUCUUCCUACGUUAUACAUCUUCGUCAAAGUCUUCGGCAUCAAACUCUCGGGCGAGUGACGGAAUGACUCAACCUUAUGGAGCCACCAAUGACGCGCUCCGAAGUCCCACCACUGGGCAGUUCGCAAUGGAAACACAACGAAAAGAGCGGUAUCGCUCGUUUGAUGAACAUAGUAAGACGUUUUUGGUCGAUCGUUCGAGCCCCUUUCUAUCGAGUCUCCCCAAGAGGCUGAACAAGGAUGUCUCUCGGGUACUAUCAGGCAUCAAGAUUUAUCCCACGCUCACUCUUGCCGUUGUCGUGCACGCAACGAUAUGCCAGAAGAAUCAAGAAACCCUAGAUGCAUUAAGCUUAGCGCAGACAGAAUGGGCUGAAAAGGACGCGUUGUCUCUCGUCCUGGAGCAUCAGCUCAUGCGCUCGCGACUACUCUCCCUUCUCCCAAACGAGCGUCCUAACUCCGACUCGGUAGCGAUAUCAUGUCAUGGCACCUGCCCGGAUGUCUUUUCCCCUACAAAUGACCUCGAAGCUCUCGCUCUCUACGUUGGAAAGCUGCUGACAAAUGCGGACACGAUUUGGCAGGAAAGAAUACUGUCUCUGCAAGGAGACGACGCUCAAAGCGUGAUAGACACUCUAUACUCCUUUGAAGGGCUAAGGACGCAGCAGGACCUCCGGGAACUGCUGAGAGAAACUCUCCUCGAGCUCGCCAAGUCUUCUGGGAUUUAUCCGAGACAGCUUUUAGUUCAAGGCAUCGAGGUAUCAGAAUACAACGAAAUCAUUUCCGCAUAUUCAGGAUUGGAAGUAUACAAGACCAAGUAUCUAGAUCGUAUGGUCACUGUCAAGAAGCUGUGUUCCAGCAAAACUAAUUCACGCGAGGCAUUCAAGGGAUGCGUAAAGGACCUCGUGGUUUGGUCUCGCUUAAGCCAUCCAAACGUCAUAACCUUGCUGGGCGUUUUCAUCCAAGCUGAUUUUGGUUAUGAGAAAUCGGACUUUAUUGGUUUGGUUGAGCCAUUCAUAGGGGACUUCAGCUUGAAUAGUCUGAUCCGAAGUCGCAAUGCAUACGAUAAAGACUCCUUGUCACUCGACAUAACUCGGGG